AUGGCUGUCCGCAACCCCUUGUCCCGCUCGUCCCCCCUUACCGCGCCUUUAAUUCCGUCCCCACGCCGCGUGAUUCACAUACCUCGUGUUCUCUCUCGGCUCGGAUUGGCUCUCGCCGCGGUUGUUCUUCUAAUCGCGGGGAUCCACUUCUCUCCCUCUCCCCUCCCUUUCCCCCCUGUGCCCCUAUUUCCCCCCCUGCGCUUUCCCCCUCCUCUCCCCCUCCGCCUUCCCCUCCCUGUCUCAGGCGCGUUUGGCAUCGCAGCCCACUACGCCGAUUACCCAGUGCUUCUGAGUCGGCCAAUCAGGCAGCGCCUCGCGAUCGUUGAGCCAAUCACGCGCGAGCUGUCGCUCCGGGAGCUUCCCGUACCUGGCGACCCGUACUCCCACGACCCUCUGGCUUCGGUGCCGUUCCUGGCUUACACGCCCGGGACGAAGGGGAGGAGGAGCAGGGGAGGAAGGGGAGAGGGGAGAGGAGGAGGAGGAGGAGGAGGAGGAGGAGGAGGAGGAGGAGGAGGAGGAGGAGGAGGAGGAGGUAGAGGAGGAGGAGGAGGAGGAGGAGGAGGAGAAGGAGGCGAUGAGGAAGGGGGAAGUGUGAGGGGACCUGUCAUAUAUGCCAACUAUGGAACAGAGGAGGAUUUCCAGAUGCUGAUUGAUCUGCUGCGAGAGGGAGGGAGCGGGAAAGGAGGGGAAGGAGGAGGGGGAGGAGGAGAGGGGGAAGGAGGAGAGGGGAGGGGUAAAGGGGGGGUGGAGAGGGGAGGAGGCGCGGGAGGAGGUGGAGGGGGAGGCGAAGGGGCAUGUGCAGGAGCGAUAGUGCUGAUGCGAUAUGGGAAGAUCUACAGAGGAGACAAGGUGCGCAAUGCAGCAGCGUGUGGCGCCAAGGCAGCAAUAAUCUACUCCGACCCAGCAGACUACGGCAGCACCACUCUCUACCCCUCUGGCCCGGGCCUGCCACCCUCUGGCGCCCAGCGCGGCUCAAUCUACGAGUCUCUCGGCGACCCACAGACGCCAGGCUGGCCCUCCCGCCCGGGCGGCGAGCGCUUGUCCUUAUCCGAGGUGGCCGGCAGCCUGCCGCCCAUCCCCGCCCUGCCGCUGUCGUACGGGCAGGCGAAUUAUAUCCUGGAGCUGCUUGGGGGUGCUUUUGCCCCAGAAGAAUGGAUUGGGGAUAUCGAAGGGUUGGAGUAUCGUGUUGGACCGGGUCCUGUAGUGGUGGAGAUGGAAAUAGAGGUGAACGACACCGUUACUAGCAUUCGCAACGUGAUUGGGUCGAUCAAGGGCCAAUCGGAACCUCACAGAUACGUGCUGGUGGGUAACCACAGGGAUGCGUGGGUGUUUGGCGCUGCAGACCCCAACAGUGGCACGGCAUGCAUGCUCGAGAUGGCACGCGCGUUUGGGUCAUUGCUGGCUGCUGGGUGGCGCCCUGCGCGCUCCAUCGUUUUUGGCUCGUGGGAUGCAGAGGAGUUUGGACUGAUUGGGUCAACCGAGUGGGUGGAGGACAACGCCCCGCUGCUCUCCUCUCGCGCUGUCGCUUACAUAAACGUCGACACCGCCGUGUCUGGCGCUGGUUUUCAUGCUGCUGCCACUCCACAGCUGGAUGACGUCAUCAGAGAGGUUGCUGAGCUGGUGGAGGAUCCAGACAAGCAAGGCCAGUCGGUGUAUGCCUCGUGGGCUGAGAGGACCAACCGCACUGUGCCCUAUCUUGGCAGGCUGGGCGGCGGCGGCAGCGACUAUGCUCCGUUCCUGCAGCACCUUGGGAUUGCCGCCGCUGACCUGCACUUUGGGGAAGACUACCCCAUGUAUCACAGCCUGUACGACAACUACCACUACAUGACAACCGUCCUGGAUCCUCUUUUCGCCCGCCACCGCGCCUCAGCCCAGCUGUGGGGUGCUCUUACUCUGCGCCUGGCAGGAGACGCAGCGCUCCCUUUCAACUUCUCCACAUACGCCCUCAGGCUCAAGGAUUACACCAACGAGCUCCAGGCCUCGUUACAGUCACACGCAGCGCAGCAGCACGUGUCUCUGGAUGCUAUCUGGAACGCCAUUGGCCAGCUUGAGACGGCAGUGACAGAGAUCACCAAUCAGAGAGCAGAAGCUAUUGCAGCAGGAGAAGCAGCAGGAGAAGCAGUAGGAGAAGCAGCAGGAGAAGCAGCAGGAGAAGCAGUAGGAGAAGCAGCAGGAGAAGCAGCAGGAGAAGCAGUAGGAGAAGGAAAGCGAGCGGGAGGAGUUGAAUCAGGAGUAGGCGGAGGAGGGGGAGAAGGAGAAGGAGGAGUGGCAUUGGCACAGCGCAGAUUGAUGAGCGUAUCCCCCAGCGUGCAUCUUGACAUGCCUCUUCCUCUUCUUCUGAGGGACAUCAAUGACCGACUCAUGCUGGCUGAGCGCGGCUUCCUGGAAGCUGCUGGGCUCGGGCCCGGCUACACGUGGUACCGGCACAUGGUGUAUGGUCCCAGUCGUGCCAACGACUAUGGGUCAGUGGCCUUCCCUUCAGUGGCCGACACGCUACAGGACGCAACCAGGGGUGGUGGAGCAACAUCUG